UUACCUGUGCAUAGAACGACGUCGUUUCGGGUCGGGGCUGGUCGCUUAUUAAAAUUGUAGAAUCGGAGUGUGAUUUGAGAAAGGAGGAGGAAGAAGAAGACGAAGAAGGUCCGAUGGGGUACGUGUUGAGGGUGAGAAUGGCAUCUUUCUUCGCCGGAGCUGCGACGGCGUCUUUGAUCGGCCUAUCUGUUCUCUAUAAGGAUUACAAAGUCGCUCACGAAUCGAUUUCUCACCAGGCAAAGGCUUUUCAUGACUCUCUGGAUACAAGGAUCUCUACUCUUGAGAGCUUGAGACAAAGUGAAGCUCCUCAGCUUCCUCAGACAACAACUGAUUAGUAUAUGUUUCGUACUCUCUGUCGUGCUGAUGAUGUUGUUUACUUGAGUUGCUCUUUUUCGCGUUUAUCUUUUUCGCGUUUAUGAAUAAACUUGAAAGUUCCUGUAUGACUACUGUUAUCAAACAAUGAAGUUAAUGUAGUCUACAAAAUGGAUUGAAACUUGCUGUAAUACUUUUGCCAUUAUAAAAAAUUAUGUUUCAGUUUA